GGCCUCAACGGCACGUCGCCGCCGCGCUUCGAACUCGACACUGGCACAUUUUUCAUGUCAUUGGGGGCAAACAUUGCCAUCAUUGCAGGUGUGAUCGCCGCUAUAGCCUUUGUCCUGAUCUGCCUCCUGAUCUUCAUGCUACGCUACAUGUACCGGCACAAGGGCACAUACUACACGAACGAGGCCAAGGGCACAGAAUUUGCCGAAAGUGCAGACACAGCCCUGCAGGACGAUCCUUCCCUCCAGGACACAGGUGACAACAGCAGAAAGGAGUACUUUAUCUGAAGGGCACCAGGCCUCACCUCCCCCAAUGCCUCCUUCAACUCCAUGAGAGAAGAUGCACCCCACAACCCCACCCUUCUCUGCACUACCAGGAGGACAAUAAGAGCACCCACCUCAUCCCCAAGAUAUGCACCUGGUCGGGAACACUAGGUGUCAUCCUGGGUAGAGAGAGGAAAGAAGGAGGAACUGAGCCACAAGAGGACUGUCCCAGGCACCCAGAGCUGCAGUGGCUACCCAGGAGGCCUGCCUUUGUUCUGCCAGAGGGAGAAAGUCUUGGUCCUCCUGGGCGGUACAAUUUGUCAUCAGCAUGAUGUGAAAGUCCUUACUAGGUGGGUGGGUCUGAGGGCUGGGGCAGCAAGGAAGUGAGUCAUCUGUAAGCUGACUGGGGAUAAUGGCAUCAAAUGUCAGUCCUUGACAUUUGGGGGGAACAGC